AUGGAAGGAAUGCUCCAGUGGCACACGCCCAGAUUGAUUGUGUGGAAUACAGCGGAUAAUGCCAACGGAGGUUUAUCGAGUGAGGAAAUCAUGAGCAGGUGGGUGGCUACGGCGGCGGCGUUUCCAAUAAUAUUUGAUGAUGCCAAGAUUAUUGUGACCAUGAUAAUUGACAGUGUGAUG